AUAGAAGCAAUGUGAGAGUGAAAGAGGACGAGGUGGGGCGACAACAACACUAAGAGAACUCCAACACUUUUGGUUUGGUCGGUCUAAAAAAUGGGAGCAGAACCCUUCCUCAGCAAUAACGAGGCCACCGCUCCUCCUCCUCCUCUCAUCCUCGGCCUCCAACCCGCCGCCCUCAUUGACCACGUGGCUCGCGUCGAUUGGUCUUUGCUCGAUCAAGUCCCCGGCGACCGCGGUGGCUCUUUUCCCGUUGCAAUUGAUGAGCUUGAGCUGAUAUGGAGUAAGGUGAAAACCCAUAUUAACGGGUCGCCUAACGAACAAUUGGCCAUAAAGAGUGAUGUGAAAAGCCAUUUUCAAAUGUCCCCGGAUGAUCAGUUGGUGAUGAAGAUGUUGGCUGGGGGCAGUAUUGCCAAUACUGUUAGGGGACUAAGUGCGGGCUUUGGAGUGUCGUGUGGAAUAAUUGGGGCAUAUGGGGAUAACGAGCAAGGUCAAUUGUUUGUGAGUAACAUGAGCUCUAAUGGUGUGAACCUCUCGAGGUUGAGGAUGAAGAAUGGACCCACAGGUCAGUGUGUUUGCUUGGUUGAUGAUUUGGGUAACCGUACCAUGCGGCCGUGUCUCUCCAAUGCUGUGAAAGUUCAGGCGGAUGACUUGACCAGAGACGAUUUCAAGGGCUCCAAGUGGUUGUUGUUGAGAUUUGGGAUAUUCAAUGUGGAAGUUAUUCAAGCAGCUAUAAAGAUUGCCAAACAGGAAGGUCUGUUUGUGUCAAUGGAUUUGGCCAGUUUUGAGAUGAUUCGGAACUUUAAAAAACCUCUUCUAGAGUUACUUGAGUCAGGGGACAUAGACCUCUGCUUUGCCAAUGAGGAUGAAGCAACAGAGCUGCUAAGGGGUGAACAAAAUGCUAAUCCUGAAGUUGCGCUUGAAUUUCUGGCCAAACACUGCCAAUGGGCUGUGGUGACAUUAGGCCCUAAUGGAUGCAUUGCUAAGCAUGGCAAAGAGAUUGUACAAGUUCCAGCCAUCGGGGAGUCAAAGGCAAUUGAUGCCACUGGAGCAGGUGAUCUAUUUGCAAGUGGGUUUAUAUAUGGAUUGGUAAAAGGGUUAUCUCUGGAGGAAUGCUGCAAAGUUGGCUCAUGUAGUGGUGGAUCUGUUAUCCGCUCUCUCGGAGGUGAAGUGACCCCGGAGAACUUGCAAUGGAUGUACAAGCAGAUGCAGAUCAAGGGCCUCCCUGUGCCUGAUAUCCACAAAUGAUCUCUCCCCAAAUUACAUUAGUGGUUGUUCUUUUUUCUAAUUGUUAUUUAAUUUAUCCUUUCUAAGUAAGCUGCAGCUUCUUCUUUCUUUUCUUUUCUUUUUUUGGUUGCUUUUUGAGGGUGGCUUGACUAAUGCUUACACGAUUAUUUUCCCACGGAAAUACUGAUGAUUAAAAUGUUGAGUCACUAAA